CCGCCCCCCGCUCGCACGCAGCCUGUCGGCCAGGAUGGGACCAGCAGCCGCCUGAUUUCCAUGCAUGCAUGACCGCUAGUCCACUUCCUGGAUGGAAGAAUGGGACAAUUCUAGCAGCAGUUUUUCUUCGCAUUGUGCCUCGCUGCCAGCCGCGGAUAAACAUCGAGUGAUCGCCUCUUCUAAUCAAUAUCAUCGGACCACUUUACCCCCCCACCCCCACCCCCCUUCUUUCUCUUAUGUAGUUAAAGACAGCCAUUGAUCGCCGCCUGACCCCCUUCCACUCUCUCCGGGAAUGUGGCUCCGCGGAAGCCCGUCGUGGAGUCAUAAGAGCCCCGCUUGGAAGUGUUUCCACGCAGCCUUGGCGUGUUCUUCCUCGAACCCGAAAGAGCCUCAGCUUGGACCAAAGCGGACUAUUUUGUAAAAAAAGGGGGAAAUUAAAGACCAUUUCCUCUUUUUUUUUUUGACGGUUGCCUGGCCGCUACGUCAACUUAAUUUUUAUUUAUUUUUUUUUGUUGGGGGGAGCCUUCGCUCGGACGCGUGGAAUUUUCUCCCGUUUUCCCCCCAUAUAGCAAGCUAAAAGACUGAAACAAAAAAAAAAUAACAUCCAGAAACUUUGUCAGCAUCUCGUCAUUGCUCUCCAUGAGUAGUUUAACAUGCGGAGGAGACGGGAACCGAAUUGCUGGUGGAUUGUAUCCGUAAUGCUUCUCCUAACCUUGGCCGAACACGGCGACUGUCAUCCUGUUGCAUCAGAUGCCCAGCCUCACCGUGCUGACGCAAGGCAUCAUGGGAGCGCAGAUCUAAUAAGGGACAGGAGGGCAGCUGGGGACUCCUAUUGGUCCUACUCAGGAACCCACGGACCACGAGGCUGGUCGACAUUAUACCCGGAAUGUGCUGCAAAGAACCAAUCGCCUGUGGACAUCGCGGAUGAAAAAGCCUUGGUUUCAGACGAAUACCAGGAGUUACAGCUUGACAAAUUCAACAUUGAGUCCUCCAACCAGACCACCAUGAAGAACACGGGAAAAACAGUUGCUGUUCUUCUGAAGGACGACUACUUUGUGCGGGGCGCUGGGCUACCAGGCCGCUUUAAAGCCGAGAAGAUGGAGUUCCACUGGGGCCAGAGUAAUGCAUCAGCAGGCUCGGAGCACAGCAUCAACGGCAGACGGUUUCCCGUUGAGAUGCAGAUCUACCUUUACAAUUCCGAUGACUUUGACAGCCUCGCCGCAGCUAUCAAGGAGAGACGCAUCAUUGCCGCCAUGUCGGUCUUCUUUGAGCUCGGGCAAAAAGAUAACCCAGCCGUAGAGCCCAUCAUCCAAGGCUUGAAAGGAGUAGUCCAUCAUGAAAAGGAGACCAACCUCAGGUCAUUCAUCCUGAGGGACCUGCUGCCGUCAUCUGUGGAUAGCUAUUACCGAUACACUGGCUCUCUGACCAUGCCCCCCUGCAGCAAGGUGGUGGAGUGGAUCAUCUUCUCCAGGCCGGUGUAUCUUUCCCACUCACAGCUGGAGGCCUUCUACUCCAUAUUUACAACUGAGCAACAGGACCACGUCAAGUCUGUGGAGUAUCUGAGGAACAACUUCCGUCCCCUGCAGGACCUUGAUCAUAGGAAAGUGUUCAAGUCUGCACUGACGGAUGCCUGGCAGAAGGACUUGACUGACAUUCACGGGAGCAGCCAUAGCACUGAGGCGUCUCGAGUGUGCAGCAGCGCCCCAGUGAGCAUGAAGAUCCAACCGCUGAACCGGACGGCCCUGACGGUGACCUGGGAACGCCCCCUGACCGUGUACCACCCGCCCAUCAUCAGCUACAUGGUGUCCUACAGCUGGGUGAAGCGCGACGUCCCCGAUGAGGAAACCUUCACCAAGAUGGGCGAUCAAAGCAUGAAAGCAGUCAUCACUAAUGUGUCACCGGAUGUGCUGUACCUGUUCAGGGUGCAGGCGGUAUGUCAGCAUGACCUGCGCAGCGACUUCAGCCUAACUCUCCUCUUCAGAGCCAACACCACGAGAAUAUUUGAAGGUUCUCGUAUAGUGAAGACCGGGAUCCCGACAGUGUCACCAGUGUCAUCAGCCGACAUGGCUCCCAUAAGCUCCGGUUCCUCCACAUGGACGUCCUCCGGCAUCCACUUCUCCAUUGUCUCCAUGGCAACCGGACUGGGACCAUCCUCCAGCGGAAGCCAGGCCACGGUGGCGUCGGUGGUUACGAGCACGUUCCUGGCAGGCUUGGGCGUCAGCGGGGGUGUCAUCUCGUCGUUGCCCAGUUCCGUUUGGCCCACAAAGGUUCCCCGGGUCACGCAGAGCGCCCCCCGCUCGUCCACCCCACCCGCCAAGCCCAGCACGGAGGAAGUGGCGCCGCAGGCCACGGAGACCGACGCCCCCGCUGAGGAGAACCGGCCCGCGCCCAAGGGCGAAGAGGAGGAAGACAACGAGGGGGACGGGGAGGGAGAGCAGGAGGACAGGGGUGCGGAGAAGAAGAAAAAGGCCAAAACGCCCCCCACCCAUGAGGAAACGCAGGCCAACAGCACCUUCGCCAAAGAGUCCGUCCUGCCCACCCCUGCGUCCACAGCCAAAGAGAAAGCCACGGCGCCUGCGGGCACGGCGGACGGCCACCUGACCCCCCCGUGGGAAAACCUCACAGACGCGGACGUCGUCACCACUCAGGACCCUCGUAACGACAGCGCAGAGAUGCAGAUUCCCCGGAGCGCCACGCUAUCACCAAAGAUCAGCAGUGACGGCAAGAGUCUUUGGCCGUUCUCGGUCCAUACUGAGAGGACCACCGUAUCCAACGUGACCCGAACGCCUCACCCCGGCAUGGGCAGGAUGGUGUGGAUUGUCCCGCUGGUGGUGGUAUCUGCGCUGACCCUGCUCUGCCUCAUCAUGCUGCUCAUCGUGAUGGUCUACUGGAGGAGGUUUUUCCAGACAGCUCACUUCUACGUCGAGGAGAGCAGCUCUCCUCGGGUGGUUGCCAAUGAGAGCAUCCCCUUCAUCCCGAUACCAGAUGACAUGGAGGCCAUUCCUGUCAAGCAGUUUGUCAAACACAUCAUGGAGCUCUACAAGAACAACCUGCAAGGCUUUUCCGAGGAGUUCGAGGAGGUCCAGCGCUCCACAGCCGACCUGAAAAUCACAGCGGAACACUCCAAUCAUCCUGACAACAAGCACAAAAACAGAUACAUCAACAUCGUGGCUUAUGACCACAGCCGGGUGAAAUUGCGACCGCUGGCUGGGAAAGACGCCAAACAUUCGGAUUACAUCAAUGCCAACUACGUGGACGGAUACAACCGGCCCAGAGCGUACAUCGCUGCCCAGGGGCCGCUCAAGUCCACCUUUGAAGACUUCUGGAGGAUGGUGUGGGAGCAGAACACCGGAAUCAUCGUCAUGAUUACGAACCUCGUGGAGAAAGGGCGGAGGAAAUGUGACCAGUACUGGCCCACAGAGAACAGCGAGCAGUACGGGAACAUCGUUGUGAUGCUGAAAAGCACCAAAGUGCACGCCUGCUACACCCUGCGGCGUUUCCUCAUCCGGAACACAAAAGUCAAGAAGGGUCAGAAGGGGAACCCAAAGGGGAAGCUGAAUGAGCGCAUCGUGAUCCAGUACCACUACACUCAGUGGCCCGACAUGGGCGUGCCCGAGUACACCCUCCCCGUCCUCACCUUCAUCAACCGCUCGUCGGCGGCCCGCACUGCAGACAUGGGCCCGGUCCUGGUGCACUGCAGUGCAGGGGUUGGACGCACUGGAACGUACAUUGUCAUUGACAGCAUGCUGCAACAAAUCAAGGACAAAAGCACAGUCAGCAUCCUGGAUUUUCUCAAACAUAUCCGCACACAGCGCAACUACCUGGUCCAGACUGAGGAGCAGUAUGUGUUCAUCCACGAUGCCCUGAUGGAGGCCAUUUUCAGCAGAGAGACGGAGGUGCCCGCCUGGCAGCUGCACAGCUACGUCAACAGCAUCCUCACGCCCAACUCGGCGGGCCGCACCCGUCUGGAGAAGCAGUUUAGACUGCUGACUCAAUGCAACACUCGCUUCGUGGAGUGUUUCAGCGCCCACAAAGACUGCAACAAGGAGAAGAACCGCAACUCCUCCGUGGUUCCAUCCGAGCGAGCGAGGGUGGGACUCACCACUCUGCCUGGCAUGAAGGGAACCGAUUACAUUAAUGCCUCUUACAUAAUGGGUUACUACAGGAGUAAUGAGUUUAUCAUUACCCAGCAUCCUUUGCCCCACACCACCACUGACUUUUGGAGGAUGAUUUGGGACCAUAAUGCGCAAAUUAUUGUCAUGUUGCCUGACAACCAGGGUCUGGCUGAAGAUGAGUUUGUUUACUGGCCGAGUCGCGAGGAGGCCAUGAACUGCAUCGCCUUCACCGUCACGCUUAUCAGUAAAGACAGACUGUGCCUCUCCAACGAGGAGCAGAUCAUCAUCCAUGAUUUCAUCCUGGAAGCCACGCAGGACGACUACGUUCUGGAGGUGAGACACUUCCAGUGCCCCAAGUGGCCCAACCCCGACGCUCCUCUCAGCAGCGCCUUCGAGCUCAUCAGGGUCAUCAAGGAGGAGGCCAUGACGCGAGACGGCCCCACCAUCGUGCAUGACGAGUACGGCGCCGUGUCGGCGGGGAUGAUGUGCGCGCUCACCACGCUGUCGCAGCAGCUGGAGAACGAAGGCGUGGUCGACAUCUAUCAGGUGGCCAAGAUGAUCAACCUCAUGAGGCCGGGAGUCUUCACCGAUAUCGACCAGUACCAGUACCUUUACAAAGCCAUGCUGAGCCUGGAGGCCAGCGGAGAGUGCGGCCCCUUGCACACGGACACUAACGGGGUGACGGCCAUGGCGGACCAGUGCGAACCCGCCGAAAGCAUGGAGUCGCUGGUUUGAGGAGCGGCGGGCGUCCAAGCGGUUCAUUUGGAAAAGAACUUCUUCUUCUUCUUCUUCUUCUUCUUCUUCUUCUCCCCUGCGAGGCCUUUUUUGCCAGACUAUUGAUUAAAUAACAAAGGAAGAAAAAAAAAAACAAGACCUUACUAUUACUUUUUUAUACUGACAAACAUUUUUGGAUAUUUAUGUUUUUGCCCGCCCAUUUCUCGUCUUCAACUCCUCCCGGACGUUUGCACCCCGUUAACGUGAUUAAGAAGGACAAAAAAAGAAGAAAAUAAACAAGCAGCUCUUGUCCACUUUGCACUCAGCCGUCAGUGUUACCGCCUCCCGCCACCCGAGGACGUCACGCGCACCCGCAUGAAGACCGGAACCGCGGGCCGGCGGGUGGGCUCAGAAUCCUUUUUUGUUUUUUUUGCGUCCUGCAAACACGACUGACCCCCCCCCCACACCCCCCACACCCCACCCCACCCCCCCACCUCCCGUGUGGCUCAACACUCCAUCACCCGCGUCGAGAUCUCACGUAAACGCAACAAAAUGGCUUCUUUUGCUCGUCACGACAUCCGAUGUGGACAUUUAUUGCUUUUUACAGGGAUUUAUAUUGUUAUACUGUUUUUGUAAUAUAUAUCUCUAUAUAUUAUAUCCUUAAUAGCCAAUCACUCUUUGCCUAUUUGUGGACUGGCUGUUUUAGUGCUGUGGGUUUGGAUCAUGUUCGCACAGCUUUGCCAAAUGUUAUUAUCGUGAAAACAUUUCAACAAAGGAACGCUGAUCAGCCAAAAACUAACAAAACAAAAACAAACAAAAAAAGCGACAAAAAAAAAAUGUUUCAAUUGUCAGCGUGCAGAUACAUUUCCUCAACUAUAUGCAGAUGAAUAUACAAAAUAAAAAGGUUAAGAAAUGCAUGAGGAUUGUGAAGCUGUUGUACUUUUUACUGGUUUGAGGUCGGCGCUCAAAUUGGCCGUUUAAGAGAUUGUUUUUGUUGUUGUUUUUUUUUUCUUUUUUUUUCUUUUUUUAAACUACUUUCCUGUGAAUUGUGUUUUGUCUCCAGUGGAAAUAAAACGUUUGUUUGCCACUUUGGUCAACAGGUAACCUCAACAGUGGCUAUAUUCUUCUUUCUUAAAGGACCCCCUCUUUUUUGUCCUCACUCUGUUUUAGACAGACAUUCGGCACUCUUCUCCAUCACCUCUCUCAGCUUGUAUUUGUUCGUUUGUCUUAAGUUUAUCAUUGAAUGUCAUCAAAUGGAUUGUUUUUUUUUUUUAUUAUUAUUAUUUUUUGUUGAUGGAUAAUGACUUUUUUCACUUUGGCACUUUCUUUGUUCUGUCGAUCACUAUUGUUGAUUCGCCUUGUCUACUGUGACUCAGCCUUCUUAAAUAUAUGAAACAUUAAAUGGUCCACGCUUUA